GCAAUCGCUGUCCCUUUAAGGGGCGGGGCCAUCUCGAGCCACGGAAGUCCGUGGGCUCGUUGGAACGUUGUGUAUCAUUUUCGCUCCCCCCGCGUUCUGCGGAGCGGGAACGUGACAGGUCGGCCCGCAGCGGGGGCUCGGAUCCGCAGCUGAGCUUGCUGCUCGCGGCAGGGAGGCUGCGCGUGAAUGAAACUGGCUCCUAGGAGGCAGCGGCGCCGGGGCAAGGAGCGAGAUGCAUGGAGGUGAAGCGGGCAGGGGUUUGGCUGUGAAGGGAAUGCAGAGCCUCGCCUCUAGGAGAGCCAGGCUGUGGCCCUCUGCUGCCAGCUCUUGCCUGGGAGGAGGUUGCGCACGAAUGUAAGAACGGAGAUUGUUGUCUCCCCUCGGGCUCCCGCGAGUCCCUAGUCACUCACCGGUGGAGGGGAGCAAGUCAGCCCCAACCCAAGCCUCUCAUUCCAUAACAGCAGAUUCUGGUGCUGAAGGGCAUAGAUAAUGUGGGGAUUUUUUUUCUUUUUUUUUCUUUACACACUAGAACAAAACCGAAUCUUGUAAAUCCAGCUUUUGAGCGUCAUCUCAUUUUUCUUUGUUCUCCAGAUUUUUGCCAACAUUGAACCAAAACAACAAAUGACAAAUGUUUGAUUUGGUUGCUGUUGUUAUCUGUCUGGGCUGCCCUACUCACCAAUAGAGAGAUAUACAACUUUAUCUGCUUUUUUUUUUUUUAACUUCCAGGACUAUGAUUGCAUGGGGCUGCACUUCUAGGAUUUACCUUUUCAAUUUAAGGUCCUUCAAUAUAAAGAAAAACCUGGUUUGGAUAAGAUGGGGUAAUAAAUCUGUCAUUUCCCCAUCUAGCAAUAAACAUAGCUUGAUCAAAACUCAAGCGUUGGCUAAGACCAUCUUAGUGUGUUGGGGGAUCACAGAGGUUUCUGUUGUGAGAUGCCAGGAAGUAUCAAAUCGAAGUGUAUCUUCAUUCCCGGAACCUGCCAAAGACAAACAACCUUUAGCUGGAUUUUUCUGGCGUCUUGGCUUUGCCCUUCGCCUAGGACUCCGGGCUUGUGUUCUCUGGUUGAAGUUUGGCCCCUUGCUUCUGCUUUAUCCUGUGACCUAUCUGUCUUCAACUUUUUCAGCCCUCUGGCUCCAUCUUCUGCUCAAAGCCACAGAGUCCUCAGGCCCCACUUAUAUCAAACUGGGCCAGUGGGCAUGUACCAGGAGAGAUCUCUUCUCUGAAGAGUUCUGCAUCAAGUUUUCCAAGCUUCAUGUCAAGGUGACCCCUCAUCCCUGGGGUUACACCAAAUAUUUCCUGAAGAAAACAUUUGGGGAAGACUGGAAGAGAGUCCUCAAGUUUAAAAGCAAGGAACCCAUUGGCUCGGGCUGUGUUGCCCAGGUCUAUAAAGCUUAUGCCGAUGCCACUACUAUUGAUGACCCCCGGUUUGAGGAACUAGUGAAGAACUCUGAAACAGAAUCUGCUUUUGCAGCCUGGGAGGUGUCUGGUCUUAGGGGCCUCUUCAGGUGGCCCUGGAAAAGGAAGGCUGGAGAGACAUUGGAAGAAAGCAGUGCAGAUGAAGGUAUGGAUGAAGGUAUUCAUAGAAAUGCUCUCUCUGAGGAGCAAAUGUCUGGAUCUCAGCUAACUACAAAGACCUCAUCUGUUGACAAUUUAGAUGAGAUGGACCAUCUUAUUCCGGUCGCCAUUAAAGUCCUGCAUCCUGGACUAGUCCACCAGGUCCAGAUAGAUCUGCUUCUGAUGAAGAUGGGCAGCAAGAUCAUUGGGCUUUUCCCAGGGUUCAAGUGGCUCAGCAUGACUGAAAUAGUGGAGGAGUUUGAGAAGCUCAUGACUCAACAGCUUGACCUACGCUAUGAAGCCAGAAACCUGGAGCGCUUCCAGAAAAAUUUCCUGGAUGUGGAUUUUGUGAAGUUCCCAACUCCACUUCACCCCUUUGUAACAAGAAACAUCUUGGUGGAAACUUUCGAGGAGAGUGAGCCCAUAUCUCAGUACCUGCAUGCAGAAGUUUCCACAGUGCUCAGGCAGAGAUUAGCGAAGAUGGGCAUCGACAUGCUGCUGAAGAUGGUGUUUGUGGAUAAUUUUGUCCAUGCUGAUCUGCACCCUGGGAACAUCUUGGUCCAGGGUAUCACAAGUUUCAAUGCUGGCCGCAAGGAUCAGACUGCCAUUGUGGACAUGUGUGACACAUUGAUCGUGGAGGUGCAGCCUUCCUCCUGCCCACUUCGUCUGAUGCUGCUGGAUACAGGGAUUGUGGCAGAACUGAAGGGAGCUGACCUUCAGAACUUCAAGGCAGUUUUUGCGGCUGUAGUCCAGGGACAGGGGGAGAGAGUGGCAGAGCUGAUCCUUCAUCAUGCCAGGGCUAACCAGUGCCAGGACAUAGAACGAUUCAAAGCUGAAAUGGCAGAGCUAGUGACCAAGGCCAGAAUGAACACUGUAGCUCUGGGAAAGCUUCAAGUGGCGAAUCUGCUCUCCAGUGUCUUUAAGUUACUGAUGGUCCACAAGGUGAAGCUGGAGAGUAACUUUGCCUCAGUAGUCUUUGCUAUCAUGGUUUUGGAAGGGCUUGCCCGUUCACUGGACCCCGAACUGGAUAUCUUGGAGGCAGCUAAACCACUUCUCAUCAGAACCGCCGCUUCUCUCCUACCAUAGCAGCAGCCACUGAAGUUUGUCUUGCAUUGCUGGGUUCUUUGGCAAGGACUGUGCUCCUUGGCAGCGAAUGGGAAAACAGCCUGGAGCUGGGGCCAGACUCUCAUUUCUCCCCUCUCAUGAGAAGUUGUGGAUUAUUCCCCAUUAUACAGGGUUUCAGCCAUCACCAUGUACAGAGCAUCCAGGUGCCCAAAGACCUUUCCAGAUGUCCUCAUGGUCCCCUGUCCUGCCUAUGCUCUUCUACAACAAUAAAGCCCUUUAUUUUAUAUCAAA